AUGUUCCUGAAGCAUCUUGAUCUCACUACUGCACUGCGGCCUUUGUAUCUCCCGGAUGAGGUACUGCUCUUUGUCCAAGACAAUGUCGGCUUGUACGAGGGCAAGUACAAGCUUCCGAAUCAGCAAAAUGGCCAGGUCUACCUAACAUCUCAUCGCAUUUGCUAUGUCGACAAAGUUGAGCCGAGGAAGCAGUCCGCCGCUCUCGACCUGAAGGAGGUGGACCGGUAUGAGUUCUAUGCCGGCUUCUUCAAGUCUUCGGCCAAGGUCACCAUUGUGCCCAAGCCUCUGAGACGAUCAGCCCUUCACAACCGCGUAAUGUCCGGUACGGGAGUCAACUCACGACACAGCACGCCAUCUCCGACAUCCUCCAAUGACGCCUACGCUCCUCCUUCUGGGCCUCCGCCAGCUUCAGCCACCUGGGUCUGCAACAUUUGCAGCUUCUCGAACCCUGUCCCUUCCAACUUUGAUCCCGCGGCUGCAAACGCUCACACUCCCCUCCCCCCUUGUUUAGCAUGCGGAAUCAAACCGGCGCUAUCACUGGUGCUCAAGGCGGCUAUUAGUAGUGCAAGUCGCCCAUCACCUUUGCUGAAUCCCAGCCAACCGGGAAAUAUUAACAACUAUACGUUUUCGUCAGCAUCAGCAGUGACGCUGGGGCUUGUCGAUCCCUUUGCAACGCCUAGCGAACAAGGAAAGGCUGAUGCGGCCGUCUUUCAAUGUCCUCGGUGCACAUUCUCCAAUCAUCCAUCGCUGUUAUCUUGCGAGAUGUGUGGAGCACCUUUACUCUCGCAAGAUGCACCUUCUACCAUAUCCACUGCUGAGUACAUUAGGAUAUUAUCUCAGUCUCCAGGACCAAUCAAGGAUACCAGCCAAGGUGCCGUUGAUUUUGCAGAAAGCGUCAAAAUCUCUUUUCGAGGUGGCGGCGAGAAAAUCUUUUACGAACGCUUGAAGAGCGCCAUGACGCAGCGGAAAUGGCUGCUUCAAGAUGCUCCUCCCGCUCCAAAAAGCAGUCGCAUGGCCGACGAUAACUCCUCCAGUGGCUCACCAGGCACCCCGACCCAGAGAACGAAAACAGCCGGCAUUGCUGGACUGGAGCAGCUGGGCUUAAACAUGCGGAAGAAUAACGAGAUUCUAAUCGGCAGUGCCUUUGAAGACCUCGAGGCCUUGAUGACCUCUGCAAAGGAAGUCGUUGCACUAGCAGAGAGAUUUGCACAGCAAGUCAAUGGGGCCAACGCCGACGUUACCUCCAAGGAAAACACAAUCCUAGCCGAAUCCGCCCACCAGCUCGGCCUCAUCACCACCAAAGACAUCGUCGGCAGCGGCGGAGGCUCCGACUCCCUCUACUUCUCCGAACUCGCCCGCAACCUGGCAGAGUUCCUCACCGACGACGCAAGAGGCGUGCUCAAGCGCGCCGGCGGCAUCCUCACCCUCGUCGACCUCUGGGCCAUGUUCAACCGCGCCCGCGGCGGCGUCGAGCUCGUCAGCCCCAUGGACUUUGAAAAGGCCGCCCAGAUGUGGGAAUCGCUCAAGCUGCCCGUCCGGCUACGCACGUUCCGCAGCGGCGUCAUGGUCGUCCAGGCACGCGACCGCACCGACGACGCCACCAUCAGGUCCAUCCUGGCCUGGCUGCAGGACCUGCACGAGUUCCCGCCCGAUCGAGAGGUUGCGUGGGACUGGCGCGAGUUUGGGCGCGGCGUCACGGCGCAGGAUACGGCGGAGCGGUUUGGUUGGAGCUUGGGUGUGGCGGAGGAGGAGCUCCUCAUGGCAGAGGAACAAGGCGUUUUGUGUCGCGAGGAAGGGCUCGAGGGGCUGAAGUUUUGGAAGAAUUACAUUGGCAAGACGGACAUUGCGGUGCUGCAGAAGCGGGAGGCUCAGGAAGAGGCGGAUGCGAUUUUGCGGCGUUUGAAGGACACUGGUCUUAUAUAG